CAUAGUUAGUGCGAUAUACGCGAGACGAGCGCACACACGCAUCACACACACCGUCCGGAUCCCCGGCGGAGACGUUCAAGUUAAUCGUCGUUACCUGUCAUAUAGUAGUUAUACAUUAAUAAACGACAAUAACAGUUUAAUACUCAUCAUAAUAUAUAUUCCACACCAAUACCGCAAGAUGUCCGCGACCCGCGAAGAUGACAGAAGAAUUGAAAUUAAAUUUUUGUAAAAGUACCGUAGCCAGUCUAAGAGUAGUAUUCUAAGACUUCCGUGCCGGCUUUUGUCUGUAACGCGUGUCACACAUCAAUGUGAUAUAUUACAGUGUACGAAAUCACACGCAAGCUCGAAAACACCGACGCGAACUUCGCGCGCUACUCGCCGCCACCGUUUUCAGCGUUUUAUCGUCGGAAAUAUUACGGGAUUCGAUCACACGGUGAGGAAUCGUUUGCGUGCCAGCAAUACGCGGCGCGGUGAUCGUCCGGCAGUCAUGUCACCGCCGCCGUCGCCGCACUUCAAUCACCGACGACUACUGCAGCACGCCUCCCGCGACGACAGCUGUAGUUGUUACAGCCACUCAGGCCCGUCUCCCGGUACCCCACGCGUGGUCGCCCCAACGGUCUCCGGUCAACAGUCUUCUGGCGUAGUCCCGACAACUUCCGGUUCGCCGCGCCGAUGACGGCGUUAUCAUGACAGACCGCCGAUACAGCGGAAGCUGCGGAAGCAGCAGCAGCAACAACAGCGACAACGGUUACAACGGCAACAACGGUUACAACAGCAACAACGGUUACGUCAGCAACAACGGCUACAGGUGCGGAAUCAAAACGCAACUGCACGCACCGUCGUCGGGCCGAUGUAACAACCACCACAACAACAACAACAACAGCAGCAGCAGCAGCGCUUGCAAGACCGGCGUCGUCCGGCCGACGGCCAUGCACGUGAAGAAGACGUGGAAGACCGCCGCGGUGAUGUUGCUGGCCGUGGCCACCGUGUCCACGGUCACCGCGGCGUUUUACUUCAACGCGGCGACCGCGUGUUGCGCGGUGGCCCCGCAGUCGUCCGCGUCGCUGCUGAAAGAACCGGCCAACGCCGCGGCCGCGGACAGCGGCCCGAACCGGUCCAAGUCGGUCGACUCUUCGAUGCCGCGCACGUCCAAGCUGUACGCCGUGUGCGAAAUCCGCGACCACCUGCGCAGCCCCGCCGACCGGGACACAUUUAACCGCAAUCGGCGACAAACAGUUGACAGCACAAGCAGUAUCGUCAAUAAAAACCCGGCAAAUAACCACAAUAACGAUGGGGGGGAGAGUGACACUGCCCGUAACGGCGUCAGAGGGAACGAUACUACUCUCAUUUAUUUCAUUACGCCAACAUAUCCACGACGAGAGCAAAUUGCCGAGCUCACCAGAUUAGGUCAGACACUAAUGCACGUCUCCCGACUUUACUGGAUAGUAGCCGAUGAUCGACCCGACUGCAGUCUACAAAUAAUGAAUCUACUACCAGAUUUCAGCAUUCCUUACACUUAUAUUGCCAGCCCUAUGCCCUCGAUAUAUAAACGCGACCCUGAUGCCAUGCCCCGUGGUGUUUCCAACCGUAGAGCUGCUCUCAACUGGAUAAGACUGAAUCACAACGUUAGUGACUCGAACGCUGUCAUUUAUUUUGGCGAUGAUGACAACACGUUCCAUCUGGAUCUUUUUAAGGAAAUACGUACCACAAAGAAAAUAUCAAUGUUCCCGGUUGGCUUGGUUGGAGAGUAUGGUGUUAGUUCACCGAUCAUUGAUAAAGGCAAAGUAGUUGGCUUUUUUGAUAGCUGGCCAGCAAAAAGAAAAUUUCCAGUAGACAUGGCUGGAUUUGCUAUUAAUGUUCAACUUUUAUUCAAAUAUCCUUAUGCAACUAUGCCAUAUAAGGCGGGUUUUGAAGAAGACCGGUUUCUAUCAGCACUGGCUAUUCGAUUAGAUGAAAUUGAACCAAAAGCAGAAAAUUGCACAAAGAUUUUGGUUUGGCACACACAGACAGCAAAGAAACCUAAGCCAAUAGUUAUGGUCAAAUCCAAAGCGACAUUGCCUGGUUCACUUGCUACUCUACUUGAUCAAGUAACUAUGUUAGGUAUAGGUGGAGUUAGCGAAACCACAGGUGUUCGCAGUUAUAUGACAAAAAAUGGUAAUAUUUUUAGGGUAUAACCUCAUUUUCUUUUAAUAUUUGUAUAAAAUGUUUUAUUAGAUAAA